AUGAGUGUUUCUAUGAAAUGUAUAGGUGAUCCAAGACAACUAUUACACCCAACUGAUAGUGAAGGUAAUAUUUGUGGUGCAGGAGAAUAUACCAAUCGACCAUAUGCUUAUUUCUUUGAUUGGACAAAAUGUAUAAAAUCACUUAAUGUGCCAGCUAAUAUUUUACAAGGUCGUCCAUUUGUUUGUCCUACCAAACAAGUUUGUGUUCAAAAAUGUCCAAAUAAAACAUCUUAUUAUAAAUUUGGAGAUUAUAAUAUGAAUAGAAUUUGUACAUAUGAUGUAACUGAAAGUGACAAUAAUAAUGAAGAAUUAGUUAGAGAUGGAAAAUGUGCAUCAUAUAUAAUAGCUAGUAAACCAUUGUUUGGUCGAUGUGUUCCACAACAAAUAGAAAGUUUAGCUAAUUCUAUAAUUCAGGCACCAGAUGGUAAUGAAGCCAAUGCUACUGUAUAUGAUUCAAAUGGACAACCAUUAAAUGGAUCGAAACUCGAACAGGGUGUUAAAUAUCUUGUUGAAUUACUUAAUUUAAAACAAAUAGCCGUCAUGCUUGUUGAAGACUUAGCAACAUCAUGGAAAUAUAUAUUGUUGGCUUUCGGUUUAUCUGUAGUCGUAUCGUUUUUAUGGAUUGUAUUAAUGCGUUGGUUAGCAAAACCACUUGUUUGGUUUGGUAUAAUAGGUUUUAUUGUUCUAUUAGGUGUUAUAACUGGUUUAGCAUUUUUUGAAUUUAUUCAACUUCGUGCAAACAAUGAUAAUCAAAUAAUAAAAGAGUUUAAAUUUGUUGCUGAUGCUAAUUAUUAUCGAAGUUUACCAAUAACAUGGUUAAUUAUUGGAAUUUUAUCCGGUAUUCUUUUACUCAUAGCAGUUCUUGUUGUUCUUGUUUUAUUUAAACGUCUUCGAAUAGCAUUAGCUAUUCUUCAAGAAGCAUCAAAAGCUGUUGCAUAUAACUUUUUUAGUCUUUUCUGGCCAUUUAUACCAUUAAUAUUACAUAUUGGAAUAUUUGCUUAUUGGGUAGCUAUCACUAUGUAUUUAGCAACGGCAGGAAAACCAAUUUAUCGAAUAGCAGGUAAUCAAUCAGAUGUAGAUCCAGCAGAUCUAACAAUUGGUCAAAUAUGUAAUCCACAAAAAUGGAAUAAAAGUUUAUUCAAAGACCAUGUCAUCAGAUCGAGUAAAAUAAAUCUAACUUAUUCAAAUUUGGUUUAG